AUGUUUUCCAUGAUUUUUAAAGAUACCAAGUCAUCUGUAGGCCAAUUAAUCUCUAACAAUCUACACACAAUGGUUCAAUCUGCUAUCUUAGGUUUCCCAAGAAUUGGGCCAAACAGAGAAUUGAAAAAAACCACUGAAGCUUACUGGAAAGGUAAGGUUUCUGUUGAGGAGCUAUUCAAAGUCGGUAAGGAGUUGAGAGCUGCUAACUGGAAAUUACAAAAGGAAGCUGGUGUUGACAUCAUUCCUUCCAAUGAUUUCUCAUUCUACGACCAAGUCUUGGACUUGUCCUUGUUGUUCAACGCUAUCCCAGAGCGUUACGCCAAGUACAACCUUGCUCCAAUUGACACCUUCUUCGCUAUGGGUAGAGGUUUGCAAAAGAGUGCUACUGAAACUUCAGCUGCUAUCGAUGUUACUGCUUUGGAAAUGGUCAAAUGGUUCGACUCUAACUACCAUUAUGUCAGACCAACCUUUUCUCACUCCACUGAGUUCAAAUUAAAUGGUCAAAAACCAGUUGAUGAAUUCUUGGAAGCUAAGGAAUUGGGUAUCCAAACUAGACCUGUUUUAUUGGGUCCAGUUUCUUACUUGUUCCUGGGUAAAGCCGACAAAGACUCUUUGGAUUUGGAACCACUGUCACUUUUGGAAAAGUUGCUACCAGUAUACGCUGAGGUUCUAUCUAAGUUGAAGCAAGCAGGUGCUACUGAAGUUCAAUUGGAUGAACCAACUUUGGUCUUGGAUUUGCCACAAGAAGCUCAACAAGCAAUCAAGAAGGCUUACCAAUUUUUCGCAUCUAAGGCUUCUUCUUUGCCUGAAAUUACUUUGGCUUCUUACUUUGGUACUGUUGUUCCAAACUUGAAUGCCUUGAAGGGUCUACCUGUCGCUGCUUUACAUUUCGACUUUGUUAGAGCUCCGGAACAAUUUGAUGAUGUCGUCUCCAUUGUUGGUGACAAGCAAAAAUUAUCUGUUGGUAUCAUCGAUGGUAGAAACAUCUGGAAGAACAACUUCGCUAAAUCUUCUGAAUUCGUUAAGAAAGCUAUCGAAAAAUUAGGUGCCGACAGAGUUAUUGUUGCAACUUCUUCUUCUUUGUUACAUACUCCAGUUGAUUUGGAAAACGAAUCAAAAUUGAAUCCAGUUAUUAAGGACUGGUUUGCUUUUGCUACUCAAAAGGUGAAAGAAGUUGUUAUUGUUUCCAAAAAUGUUUCAGGUAAAAAUGUUUCCGCUGAAUUAGAAGCUAAUGCCAAAUCAGUUGCUGCAAGAGCCGCCUCUGACAUCACUAACAACCCAGCUGUCAAAAAGAGAGUUGCUGCUAUCGAUGCAAAGAUGGCUCAACGUGCUGCACCUUUUGAUGAGAGAUUGAUCGAGCAGCAAAAAUCUUUGAAGUUGCCAUUAUUCCCAACCACUACUAUUGGUUCUUUCCCUCAAACCAGAGACAUUAGAAUUAAUAGAAACAAAUUCGCCAAGGGAACUAUCUCUGCCGAAGAGUACGAAAAGUUUAUCAACGCUGAAAUUGAAACUGUUAUCAGAUUCCAAGAAGAAAUCGGUUUGGAUGUUUUAGUUCACGGUGAACCAGAAAGAAACGAUAUGGUUCAAUACUUUGGUGAGCAAUUGAACGGUUACACCUUUACCGUCAACGGUUGGGUUCAAUCUUAUGGUUCCAGAUAUGUUAGACCACCUAUCAUUGUUGGUGACUUAUCUAGACCAAAGCCAAUGUCCGUCAAGGAAUCUGUCUACGCUCAAUCUAUCACUACUAAACCAGUAAAGGGUAUGUUGACCGGUCCAGUAACUUGUUUGAGAUGGUCUUUCCCAAGAGAUGACGUUGAGCAAAAGACUCAAGCUUACCAAUUGGCUCUAGCUCUGAGGGAUGAAGUCAAUGAUUUGGAAGCUGCCGGUAUCACCGUUAUUCAAGUCGACGAACCAGCUAUCAGAGAAGGUUUGCCAUUGAGAGCCGGUGCUGAAAGAGACGACUACGUUUUCUGGGCUGCUGACUCUUUUAGGGUUGCAACUUCAGGUGUCAGAAACUCCACUCAAAUCCACUCUCAUUUCUGUUACUCUGACUUGGAUCCAAACCAUAUCAAGGCCUUGGAUGCCGAUGUUGUUUCCAUUGAGUACUCCAAAAAGGACGAUCCAAACUACAUUGCCGAAUUCAAAGACUAUCCAAACCACAUUGGUUUAGGUUUGUUCGAUAUCCACUCUCCAAGAGUCCCAUCAAAGGAAGAAAUGAUUCACAAGAUUGAAACAAUCUUGAAGGACUACCCUGCCUCUAAAUUCUGGGUUAACCCAGAUUGUGGUUUGAAGACUAGAGACUGGGCUGAAACCAAAUUGUCUUUGACUAAUAUGGUUGAUGCUGCCAAGUACUUCCGUGAACAAUACAAGAAAUAA